GCUCUGUUAGCUUCCGAGACAACACAAACCAGAGCGAGCAGCAAACGAAACACUUAAAAUGUGGUUAAAAUCUCUUUAUUUCUGUUAACAGAAACAUAAAAUACUUUCGACUUUCACACCGAAGCACCGAAUAACCGUCGAGGCUCGUGCCGACGGUUGCUGAGCAGCGAUGAGCACCAGCCCUGCGUCUGUCCAGAUGGACGAGGUCCGGAGGAGAUCUCAGUCCCUCCUGUCCUCCUCAGGUUCAGCCCAGGAUGUGAAGGCGGAGGUGCAGACCAUGGCCGGCCUCCCGCUGCCUCUGUCAGAAAAGUACCGCCACCUCGGUGCGGAGGCCAUGCUGAGGGAGAACACGGCCUGCCGCAACAGACAGGAGGUUCUGGAUUCUUUGAGUAGACUGGUCAAGGCCUUGAGUAUCCUGGAAAAGUACGGCUGUAACCUGACCAGUCCCGCCAGGCCGAGAUACUGGAGGAGCGUCAAGCACAACAACCCCGUCUUCAGAACCACGGUGGACGCCGUGAAGGGAGGCCGCAGAGUUUUGUAUCUGUACGGUUACACCAAUCAGCAGAUAGACGGCCUCAGUUUCCCCGACGACGUCACUGAACCAGACACUGCGGAAGUUGCCGCAGUGACGCUGGAGGUCAUGACGUUACGCUCGGAGGUGGACAUGCUCAUUAAGGGCACCCACCGUCACCCAGAACACUUCAAAGACAUCAUCCCAUUCAUCAUCCAGGAGGAUCAGCUGGUGAGCGAUGCCGUGGUUAUUCUGCCCGGAGAGGAGCAGCCGGCGAACAAACCCCAGGUUCUGUCUCUUCCACCCAAACCGGCUCUGAACCCCAGAGAGCAACCUCUGAAACCAUCGGCAGCAGUGAGUGAGUGUAAUUUGUGUGGCGCUGCUUCGUCUCUGGUUUGCCCGUCUUGUGAGAAUCAAGCUUUCUGCGAUGCAUGCGAUGACCUUUUUCACCGCCACCCCACCAGAACCAAUCACAAGAGAGACAAAAUGCAGAAAACCAAACAGGAGACCUGCACCAUCUGUGGGGUCUCUGCUGUGCACGCUCAGUGCUCCACCUGCGUCCAGAGGCUGUGUGAUAACUGCGACAAGCUUUUCCAUUCUCACCCUGACCGCAAAGGACAUACAAGAACUAUUAUCACACCAGCCAAAACAUCCAGUCCGUCCCUGUCACCGUGGGAGUGUGCUCAUUGCACUACAGUGAACGAGAUGCGAGCCGUCCUCUGCACGACCUGCGAGCGACCUCGACUCGCCACGGCUGCAUCCACUGUUCAAGAGAGCCCGAUGUCAGUUCCCACAUCUCCCAACACAGAGUGGCAGUGUAAGAGCUGCACGGUUGUGAAUCAGGGCAGCAGCAUCCUCUGUGAGGUGUGUGAGCGCCCUCGUCUGGCCACUCGACCACCUGUCGCACCAGUGCUGUCCAACCCAGGAUCUCUGUCUGACUCUGGAACAAAGUGGAUGUGUCAGUUCUGCACCUACGUUAACAGCAGUCCCUCCGUGGUGUGUGAGAUGUGCAACCUGUCGAGUAAGGACUCUGCUGGAGUUUCUCUGCCUCAGUCUCUCCAGCAGACUCCGUCCAGCACCAAAGAACAACCGCAGCCGAGUGUGAGGCCCCAGCCGAAGCCCAGAGUCAACAUGGAGUUAAAAAGACAGAAGAUGAUGAGGGAGGACGGCCUCUCGCUCAUCAACCAGAUCAGAGAAGCAGAAAAGCGAGGUGUCAGUGCCGAGGAGGUGUACGCAGCCAUCUGCGUGUGCGGCGGCAGCAACACGAACCCCUGCGACUGGCUGUCCUCAGAGCUGCCGCACCUGCUGGAAGAAAUCUGCGCCAUGGCGGCUUCUGUCCAGCUCAACUACAAAGCAAGGGAUUCUGGGAUACAGCCCAUGGUGGAGAGAGACGGAGAGGAGGCGGAGGAGAGCGGUCCCAGUGUCCCAGGUGAAGGCGUGAAGCUGUCCCGAGCUGAGGCCAAGCUGGCCUGGCUGUCAGCGGGAGGAGACACAGACAGAGCCGUGAGACAGGUGCUCAGAGACAGACAGUCCAAGAUGAAGGAGCUGCACUCUCUGGGCUUCAGAGACGUGUUUCAGUGUGAGGAGGCCCUGCGGCUGAGUGGAGGAGAGGUGAAGGAGGCUUUGUCUCUGCUGCAGCGCCCUCUGCUGGAGCCGUUUCACCAGCGAAUCUGGGCCGACCAGCCAGAGCCGCCGAUCGAUCCAAAACACCCAGACAAACAGAGGAUAUGCAGGCGUCUGCUGGCACUGUACGACCUGCCCAGCUGGGGGCGCUGCGAGCUCGUUCUCUCACUGCUCCAAGAGCCAGACGUCACCUACUCCCUGGAGGAUGUCGUGCAAGCCGUGAAGGAGUCACACGACAAGGAUUUCAUCAGGCGUCUCCUCAACAACAAUUGCCCCUGCUGCCUGAGCAUCUUCCCACGAAGCAAGAUGCAGUCUCUGACUUCCUGUCAGUGCUCCGUGUGCCAUGAGUGCUUCGGGCAGCACUUCACCAUCGCCGUGCGGGACAAACACAUCAGAGACAUGGUGUGUCCCGUCUGCGGCGAGCCAGACAUCAACGACCCCGAGCAACUGGACAGCUACUUUUCCACGUUGGACAUACAGCUGCGGGACUGCCUGGAGACUGACGUGUACGACCUGUUUCAUAAAAAACUGACUGAGCACGCUCUGAUGAAAGACCCAAAGUUCCUGUGGUGCUGCCAUUGCACGUCCGGGUUUAUCAACGACGGAGACCAGCUGAAGGUCACCUGCCCGUCCUGCCGCAGGAGCUUUUGUGCUCAGUGCAAGAAACCUUGGGAGCCGCAGCACCAGGAUCUGUCCUGUGAGCAGUUCCAGCAGUGGAAGAGGGACAACGAUCCCGAGUACCAGAGGCAGGGCCUGGCCGGCUUCCUGAGAGACAACGGCAUCACCUGUCCUCACUGCCGGUUCCAGUACGCUCUGACGAAAGGCGGCUGCAUGCACUUUAGCUGCUCCCAGUGCAGGUACCAGUUCUGCAGCGGCUGCAACAACCCCUACCACAAGAUCACCUUCUCGUGGGCGGAACAGGAAGUCCAGAACGCUCAGUCCUUCCGUCAGUCCAUCAACUUCCUCCAAACUCUGGCCAGCGAGUCUCCGAAGGGAGAGAUAACUCUGAACCUGGUCACCGUGCCGACAGCGGACACUGAAGUCGCCUUGGUGACCAUCUGA